AAGUGACAAGACUAAGAAGACCCGUUCGUCUCUUGCCAAAGCCUAGGGUAUGGGAGGUACUACCGAUUGGGAGUACCACGACGUUCCCGCACCAGGGAAAAGCUGGGACCAAUUUAAGCUACUUGUAGCCAGUGGGUCAGAUCCUAAGACAGAUUACUCGCGAAAUGGUAACUGGACCAGCUUCCAUUAUGAGAGUGAGAAACUUAAUGCUGAUAGUGCCUGGGGCAACAUUAUUUGGAUCUGGAAGGAUACCGAUAGAUUGACGAUCCACGUAGGCACGAACGCAGACUGUGGCGAAAUACUAUUGACCUCUAACUGUGAGCAAGCCAAGGACUGCGAUAAGGGCUUUAAUGUGGAGGAUUCUAGAGCCCUGCACAAAGACUACCAGGACACGCUUUUCAAAGCGGCGUCGACAUUGAACACCAUGCUUAACAACUUUAAAGACAAAUUUGCGCCAGUACCUCCUGCGCCUAAUACCAUGUGGAUUGACUUUAUGAUUGACCUCAUUACUCUUGGAACCGUUUCGGCUUGGGGCACCUUUAUCUAGAGGGCAAUUAAGGACACG